CACUGGGGGUGGGACAGAUGACGUCACCGGCCACCGGUUUGGGGAAGACGCCAAGAUGGCGGCGAGCAGCUCCUCCCGCUUCGCGCAGUCCAGCACGGAGCCUCCCUCGGCCUUUCCCCUCCAGGCCUCUGGGGCUACCUACACUGCUCUCGGGGAGGACCCUGCUGCCCAGCCACCAGGGCCCAGUGCCCCAACCUCCCAGGGCAGUCACAGCUCCAGACGGUCACCAGCCAGCAGCAGCUCCCAGGACAGACAGGACUCACCCUGCCGGCCAGGACCGAGCUCCCCCGGCUAUGAUUCGUCUGUGUCCUCGGCAGCCAGGGGUCCCAGCAGACUACCGAAGCCCAGGGUGGGCACCAGACAGCCCCAGCUCCACUACUGCCACAUCUGCAGGGUCAGCUGUGCCGGGCUGCAGACCUACCGGGAGCACCUGGACGGGCAGAAGCACCGGAAGAAGGAGGCGGCUCAGAGGCCUGACGGCAACUCGCUGUACUGCGACCUGUGCUCCGUGUCCUGCACUGGGGAGGACGCCUACGACGCGCACAUCCGGGGUGCCCGGCACCAGAAGGUGUUCAAGCUGCACACCAGGCUGGGAAAGCCAAUUCCCACCAUCGAGCCCGCGCCCAGGAGCGGCUCCCGCGCCCCGCACAGCGCCGCCCGCGAAGACUCGGGAGACUCCGGCGCGCGCGCCCCCGACGGGCCCGAGCCUGCCCGGAGACGUCUGGCCUCCACCGUGCACGUCGCGGGGCCUCUCGAGCCACUGACAGUGUGCAGCAGACCCCAGGAGGGAACAGCAGCACAGUCCAAGUCGGAGGGGCCCGGAGAAACGGCUGCCUGGAGGGGCUCCGAGGAAGCCUCUGCGGGGGGCUGGGUUGCAGAGCCGGUGGGCCCGGAGUUCGUGGAGGAGGUGUGCAACGAUCAAGGGAAAGUGAUUCGCUACCGCUGCAAACUGUGCCAGUGCAACUUCAACGACCGCAACGCCAAGGACCUGCACCUGCGGGGGCGGCGGCACCGGCUGCAGUACCGGAGGAAAGUGGACCCCAGCCUGCCCCUUGUCACGGGGCCCAGCCGGCUGAAGAAGCUGCGGGAGGACCAGGCGCGCAAGCAUCGGCAGCUGAUGCAGCGGCAGCUGGAGGAGACCAGAAAGCGCUGGGAGGCAGAGCUGAGGCCCCACGAGGUGCACUACAGGGACCAGAAGAAGGAGCUGAGGCCCCAGGAUGAGGAGCAGCCACUCUCAUCCCCUGCCUGGGCCCUUCCAUCCCCUGCGGACAGGCCGAAGACACCGGCAGCCCGGGCCCAGGCCAAGCGGCGGCCGGAGACCAGCGAUGACCGCCACGUCAUGUACAAGCACGCGGCCAUCUACCCCACAGAAGCAGAGCUGCAGGCCAUCCAGAAGGCCGUGUCGCAUGUGGAGCGGGCCCUCAGGCUGGUGUCCGACCUGAUGACCGAGGAGGACACUGAGAGCUUGGGGGAGUGCAGCUUGGCAUCCUCUCCGCGGGUCCUGAAGGGUGUCAUGCGGGUUGGCAUCCUGGCCAAGGGCCUGGUCCUGCGGGGCGAACGGAACGUGCGGCUGACCCUGCUCUGCUCCCAGAAGCCCACGCGUGCUUUGCUGUGCAGAAUCGCUGAGCGGCUGCCCCAGCAGCUCCUGAUGGUGAGCGAUGACAAGUACGAAGUCUCCUCUGACCCCGAAGCCAGCGUUGUCAUCUCCUCCUGUGAAGAGCCCAGGAUGCAGGUCACCGUGUCCAUCACCUCACCCCUGAUGCGACAGGACCCCUCUGCGGACCAAGAAGAAGAGGAGGAAGCGCAGCCCGACCCAGACAUCCUGAGCCCCGAGAAGUGCCUGGAGUCCCUGGCUGCCCUCCGCCACGCCAAGUGGUUCCAGGCGAGAGCCAGCAGCCUGCAGCCCUGUGCGAUCAUCAUCAGGGUCCUGCGGGACCUCCGCCAACGAGUGCCCACGUGGGGGGCCCUACCAGCCUGGGCCAUGGAGCUCCUGGUGGAGAAGGCACUGAGCAGCGCAUCCCGGCCCCUGAGCCCCGGGGACGCCAUUCGGCGGGUCCUGGAGUGCGUGGCCACGGGCACGCUCCUGGCAGACGGACCUGGGAUCCAGGAUCCCUGUGAGAAAGACCGGAUGGACGCGCUCGACUCCAUGACGGAGCAGGAGCGGGAGGAUGUGACGGCCAGUGCCCAGGGUUCCAUCUGUGGGGACCCGGGGAGCAGAGCCUGGCAGAGCGUCCUGAUAAGACCCCGUCACUCACAGCACGCCCUGAGAAUGGUGGCCUUCCGGCAGAUCCACAAGGUCCUCGGCAUGGAACCCCUUCGGCCCCGGCCGCGCUUCCGGAAGAGGCCUCGUGAGACCAAGGUCGAGGAAGGCACACGGGACAGAAAGCGGGGGCGGCAGGGUGGAGAGGGGCUGGUGUGAGCCACCCCAGGGUCCUCAUGCCCCUCUGUAUACCUGGGCGGGCCCACACCUGGGUGCAGGUGCACACAGACAGCUGCUGCUUGGUCCCUGACAUGGGACAGGGAAAUUUUCCUUUUUUAGUCAUGUUCUGUCUGUUUCCUUCCAAAUACCUGAGAAGUCACACUGGGUGGCCCCAAGGGCUCCUCCCUUGCCCAAAGCCCUGUCUCCCAAUGGCUGAGCCCAAACACUGGUAUUUCUUGGUGGCUUUGAACACCCCUGCUGUGUGUGCACUUAAAAUAAAGUAGGUGACCCGU